AUGGGACUGACCAAGCGGAAAUUGAUCCUUGUUCUUGUUUUCGUCCUAGUUGGCGUCUCCCUCCUCAGAGUACUCAGAAUCACGAUCAGCACUUCGUAUAUCCCGAUUAUGGUUUCAUCUCCACAACUUGAUCCAAAGAUCAGUAAGCCGACCCCCUCUACUUACCAUAACAAGAUACUUUCUGAUAAAGAACUUCGGUUUCUUUCAGACAUUAUUCUUCAAAAAGCUCCCUGUAAUCUUCUUGUGUUUGGGCUUGAAGAUGAAUAUCUCAAGUUACCCACCAUCAAUAAAGGCGGUGCCACCUUUUUCCUAGAGGACAAACCGGAAAAGCUAAUCAAAAUGAAGGGGAAUUCCAAUGGCACACAAGUUUUCAGGAUCAGGUACAAAACAUCUGCCAAGGAAGCAUACAAGUUGCUAAAGCAUGCAAGAACACACUCGAGUUGUUCUUUGCGGUCUGGGAUAGGAACGCGAACCUCCAAAUGCAAGAUUGCGUUAACCGGGCUCCCGAAAGAGGUGCUGAAGAGUAAGUGGGAUAUCAUUGUGGUCGAUGGACCUGGUGGGGACGGACCCGAGUCACCAGGAAGAAUGGGCGCCAUAUAUAUGGCGGGUGUUCUUGCAAGAGCUGGAAAUGGGACAAAUGUGGUCGUACAUGAUGUUGAUCGAACGAUCGAAAAGUGGUUUUCUUGGGAGUUCCUGAGUGAAAAGAAUUUGGUUUCUUCCAAAGGGAAGUUUUGGAAUUUCAGGAUAGAUCAGAAAGAGAACUUGGUUUCUUCAAAAACAUCUUGACCUGCACAACCACAAGUGUGAAAGUUAAUAGCCUUUAUUUGAUCCCUUUUGGUCAUUUUUGUUGAUAGCCUGGUUGGAUUACUUGUUGGUUAGGCAGGAAAAGACAUAAGAAACAUAAAUUUA